AUGGAUCCUCGGUUCUAUAUUCUCGCCGACACCAAGUGUCCGGGUGCGGGUGACGACACUUGCGGCAAGCUCGGGGGCUUGCACCCUGUUAUUGCCAUCCCAUACAUCAUGCCCAAAAAACGUAAGAAACAAAUGGCAAUCAACACAGCGAUCUCUUGCCUUACCAGAUGUCGACGGGAAUUGGGGCAUGGCGAGAUUGAUUUCGGGACGGGUUCCUACAAAACACAUUUCAGAACCCAGGGAGAUCGCCAGGUGUACUCCUUCGACAUUGGUAAACCACUCCCAGUCCCAGUAGAUGAUGUCGACAUUUCUUCCUCGUCGCGCUUAGCGUUCGCACCACUGCCCGUGAACAGCCCAAACACCUCGGCGACAACUCCUACCGUGACGUCUCUGCAGAAGCGCAAGGCGCCGGAGGAUACGACUUCAAGCAAAAGGCUCAAGAGCGUUACACCUCUUGGUGUAAGCCCAGAGGGGCUUGAAGGCAACCUCAUAUAA